AUGUCUCAUACGAGCUGCUUGGUGGGCCACAUUUGUCAGCUGAACUAUGGCUGGGGGGGUCUUGUGGAGCAUCAGACACUCGGUGCUUCGCAGUGUUCGCAGCACAUAUACUUCUCUGGGUCAACAGAUUCGCUCCGAAUCGGUCAAGAAGUGGGUUUUCGCUUGCGGCAGUUGGCUGGAAUGCUCGAAGCAGUGGACCUCACACCUCUCAGGAGUCAGAGCCCCCAAGCAAAGAGUCCCUUGUGGCAUGCCAGAUUUCUGCAAACCCAAGAUGGCUUUCCGCUAUCAAAAUUGACAUCGGCGAUUUGGCAGCGUCAAAUCCGGCGCUUGCAACGUGGAAUCCUGAAGUUCAGCAACGCAGCAAAGGCUGAACAGUGCAAACUGGUAGUUGAAGCAGAGAGAUUGCUGGACGAAUUGCUUGGCCAACCAGAUUUGGACGGCGAUUCUCUUUGCCAGUUGAUCCGACGCUGCGCCAGCUGGCUACAUGCACCAGUAUUUAAAGCCUUGGCAGGUGUGGACGAAGCAAGUCCACCAGAUGGGCAGCAGGACUCCGCUAAUUUGCAGUGCCGCAUUCGACAGCUGCUGAUUAGAGCAUUGAACCACGUGGACCUGUCUGAUGGACCUACUUUUGAAGCUGUAGAGGCCGCCCUUCGCUACAUGGCUGUGUUUGUUCAAAGACUUGAGGAGAAUCAGCUCGCUUCCAAACCAUUGCACCCACAUGCAGCCGCCAUGCGCCAAUGGCAGCGCCUACAUCAUUUGCUCCCGGCGCUCGUGAUGCCAGGGAACGAGGCAGCCACACUGAAGCGAAUGGAAGGGAUGGCAGCGUCCGAUCAGUCCCCAAGGAGGAUUGAAGGCUACAAGAAAGCUUUUGCUGGUGGGGUGUAUGAGCCCUCCGGAAAGACCAGGAAACUCUCCACUGUAUGUCAAGAUCAUGAGCGACCACCGGUCCAACUGAAGUGUUCUGAAUGCUCAUACAUAGUCACCAGCAACUGGUACUUUCAACAUCCCAAGACGGGGAUUCGCUCGGUCCUGGCACCGCGCGAUGGGCACAACCGUUGUCAGCAAAAGCUGAAGAAACGAUGCUACUGGCAGAGCUUGGAUGGCUGUCAUGCUAUGGCUGGCAUCUCGAGUAACAUGGAGUUCUGCAAGCAACACCAGCGGCUUCUGACGCAGUGCGCUCCCUGUGGUGGUAAGAAGAUGUGCAUUCAUGGACGUCAGAAGUACCACUGCAAAGAUUGCAGGGGCAACGGCUUUUGCACUCAUGGGCGGCGCAAAUUUAAGUGCCGGACGUGUGACCAUUGGUCCAAUGGCGAAAUGACAGGAUCACUGGUCACUGAGGCAAAGACGCGGCUGGCAGCCAGCAUUGGCAAUGAAGCAGCUUGCAGGUUGGCGACGGCCUUUAUUAGCGACUUCAUCUCAAUGGCAGCUGGAAUCGACUGGGCCUACCCAGUGCUAGCCACUACUGAAGAUGGCAUGGAGGGUUUUCCGCUUGAGGCAUACCCCCCUGGAGUGCUACUUGUCUGCUGGCGAUGCUCCGGUAAUAUUCGGAAGGAGGCCAGAUGA